AUGCCCCAUUAUGGUACACCCAUUCAUCUAACACACCUCUCCCUCUGGACCCAACCCGUCAAAACAGCUAGUUUCCUGGGCGUACCGUUAGAUGAGCUAGACGAAGACGACCGGUUAUUACACUACACUAACAGGGCAAAGUUACUGCUACAACAACAACAUCAACCACAUUCACUGUUGGAAGCUAGAAGCGAAUAUUUCAGUUUUAAACAUACAAUUGCGAUUAAAACCAGGAAAUUAUCUGUGUCAGUACAUACAUUAGAUCUUUUGUUGCAUGGAUUGAAAUCGAAUGCUAAUUCAGAUAUCGAGUAUAGGCAGGAGCUCACAGAUUUAGAGAACGUCAUACAAACCUAUAUCGAUACCGCACAGCGCACAGCACAAGAUAAAAUCCAAAUGGAUUCAAUAAAAUUAAUAUAAGUUUAAAUUAAAUUAAAUAAUUUAUUUUUCAAUUAUUUUUCAAAGUUUAAGAACUUAUG